AGCCGAACAAUGGGCACAUGGAGCUUUAUGCGAAUACCCAUUGGCUAGCAUGUUCAGUACGUCACGGGUUGAGAGGUGAACGGAAGUUGUUCAUUUGCCUCGGCCCUCCCCGCCUUACUUUCAUGCAGGCCUGCCUGCCGGCUCUCGAACAAAGUGGCAUAAAGCUUUUCCACGGUGUCAAUCAUGCAGGGGGGCGAAAUUGACUGUCAAAGAGUUGGUGAAGGUUUCGUGCAGUGGUACUACAACCAGUUUGAUCACACCAACAGGAUGGAACUGGUUAACCUUUAUGCUGAAGGCGCUACUCUGACAUGGGAAGGAACCCUCUUCCAUGGGAGAGAAGCCAUUGCUGGCAAACUGACUGGUAUGCCAUUCCAGCAAAUUAAGCACAUUGUCACAGAGCAAGAUAUUCAGCCCACAAUAGACAACAGCAUCCUCAUCAUGGUCUUUGGACAGUUAAAGACCGACAAUGAUCCACCUUUGGCCUUCCAUCAAGUUUUCAUGCUGAAGCCGCAGAACUGCAACUGGGUGUGCACGAAUGAUGUGUUCCGCCUGGGUAUACAUAACAUAGCCGUGGAGCCUCAGUAGCAGACAAGACUUCAAACGACUCUCUGAGUCCACCCAGCCAACCACCCAAGCCUGCCCUCCCAAUUGCUCAUCACGUUCUCCUCGUAUGUCGUGUCGUCAUCCCGCCACCCCAGAGUUAAAAAAAAAAUGGGACAACUGAAAUCUUCUGUCGUCUCUGUUCAUUUGUGGGAAUUCUAUGAUAACAUCGGAACAUUUCGAGCUCAGUAACCCCCCAAAACGUUUCCAGAUUAUUUUUUUAACUAGCUUUAUCUCAGUUUUAUUGACAUAUGUCAUUUACUCUACUGAUGACAAUCUAUUGAGAGGCAAUUUAACAGCCUUUUACUUUUAUUCAUGUUCUUGACCUCGUACCUUUAAUUGAUCCGUGGUACGAAAAAAAUGUAGGGGACCAGUGAGUGACAGGAUCCACUUGACAAACACGGUAACUUAUUAAUAAUAAUCUUAAAAUAUUUUGUCACAGAAUAGAAAAUAAAGUGCAGAUUAAAAAAAAAAAGAAUAAACCAUCCUGUUACGUUUCUUGGGCAAAAUUGUUCAUAAGUCAGCAUGACCCGCUAUGUUUAGUAAAUACAAAUAUAUAUUAAAGAUGAUACAAAGAGAUAAUUUAUUAUUUACCUUUAAAACUAUUUGACCUACACUAGAACAGGAGAGUUGACUCAAUGAAAUUCACUCCAAACGUUUUUAAAGACAUUGUUUGGCUUUUAAACAUCUGGAUGGAUUCUAUUUUUUCCACCCUCAAUGUUUACGUCAGAGUCUUCGGUUAACGACGGAAUCCAUUUAUGAUGAUGGAGACGUAACCCGAACGUGUACGUACGUGUGUAACCUUUGUUGUAAAACGAGGACUUCCGGUGUCUAGUCGUUUAGUGUUGUACCUAAUGUCGUGUCCGGCCGUCUCGUGCAAUGCGAUGACUGUCCUCCAGGGGGCGCUGUGUUCCCGUCACCUGUCUCAAAGGACGUCCCUUUAAAUCGCUCAGCUCCAAACCCAAAA